CUCUUCCAUCAUCCAAGAUGGACAAACGAUCAGCGGAAAGUCCGAUGGACUUCGAGUGGCAGACAAGGGCGCCAGGGGAUGUGACUUCGCCCUUCUACCAGCUCAGCAUGCAGCAUGACAACCAGAAGAAACGACCCCAUCGCAUCUUCGAGUCUCCCGGAAAGAAACAGACGCCGGCCUUGCGCGAACCUAAUUCACAGCCCUUCCUCUUCUCCCAGCCGCGAUCGCAGGACCCUCCUGGCACCCCGAAAUCCCUCUUUGGCCAGUCCGCAUUCAUGACCCCGCGCAAGUUCGAUGUCGAUUUCUCGUCCGGCGCAGAAAAUAUGUCGUCUCCCGAGAACGCGGACAAUGAGGAUACGCCGGAGCCGCCCAUGAAGUCGGGCCAUCGAAAUUCAUUAUUCAACAUGUACGGACGUUUUGCGCCUAGUCCCGGACGGGGCGAGAUUCCUCGUCUGAAUCAUUAUUCCAAUGCGUUGGCUCGCCGGGUACAGAAGAGAAGGCGGAGGGACAAGGCACUAGAUAUGCAGUUUCGCAGGGAGAGUGACGGUGAGAGUGACGACGAGCGCGUAUCAGGCAACAAGCAGAACCAGAACCAGAACCAGGGCCACGUGCAGGGGGAGGCUCAACCGGCAUCGCGUAUGUCUUCUUUCUCGGAUUUUUUCGCUUUGCUCGAGGCCCACCCCAACGUCCCGAGUAUCCUGUCUUGGUGGGCUCAGUUGAUCGUGAACUUGUCUCUGUUCUCGCUCGCUGUGUAUGUAGUGUUUGGUUUUGUGUCAGCUAUUCGGGCGGAGUUCGAGCAGGCGGCGGAAGAAGUGUCUGAUACGAUCUUAGCAGAAAUGGCGACAUGUGCGAAGAGCUAUGUGGAUAACAAGUGCGGCGGCGGCGAUCGACUUCCAGCCUUGGAGACAGUUUGUGAAAACUGGGAACGCUGCAUGAACAGGGACCCGGCGAAGGUUGGACGGGCAAAGGUGUCGGCACAUACCAUGGCGAUUAUCAUCAAUAGCUUUAUCGACCCGAUUAGCUGGAAAGCGAUUAUGUUCUUCCUCGCCACCAUUUCGACAGUCACUGUUGUCAGCAACUGGUCCUUCCGCUCGUUCAGAAACCGUUACAAUCAACACGAGUAUACUCAUCCUCCCGCCCCCAGCUUUCCUCGGCAACCGUCCGGACAGCACCACCCUUCAUUAGGCCCUUCCCAGCCGUCCUACCAGCACACCGUUGGGCUUAACUACCAGAGCCAUGCACCGGGUCUUGAUCAUCAAAAAGAAACACCCUUGAUGCUCGAAGACUCGCCUACUCGGGACUUCGUGAAUGAGCGCAGCCGUACUCGAGAAAGCCGCAUGCGCACGCCGAGUCCCACAAAGAGAGAUAGGAAGUUGUUAUAAUUUGAGGUGUGACAAAAGUGUGUGUAUAAAUUUGCAUUAGCGGAAGGAUUCCGGCGUUUAUUGUUUAUUUCGAACUGGGUUUUGGACAAAAGAUUGUGUUCGGUCUUUGACACUAUAGGGCCUCGUCCACUGGCGUCGCGUGAUGGAGCCCAUAGCGUCAGUUUCUCUACUUGUAUAUAUAGACAUUUUUGGCAACGAUGUGCAUUACUAUUUCAUACGAGCAGCUCGUCUCGGCCAUAUGAAGAUUUACUAUGAUGAUGGCACAGUACUCGUGUAUCCAUGGAGAUGAUUAUUGCUCGACUGACAGAAAUAGGAGUCGCAAUAUGCCUCUGCGCUACAAACCCUGAUCGUGUGCCAUAUACAUGUACC